AUGCCGCCGGGCCAGACGCUGGAUAACACGCUGGGGUCGCUGUACGUCGGGUCGCUGUGCUCAGCAGUAUUAUAUGGGGUGACGAGCAUACAGACGUAUGCGUACUACCACUGGUUCUUCAAGCGCGAUUCGUGGGUGCACCGCAUCGCCGUGGGCCUGCUGUGGUCCCUCGACACCAUCCACUUCAUCCUCGUCGUCCACGGCGUGUACUACUACUGCGUAGAGAGCUUCGAGAAUCCGCUCAAGCUCCUCACUCUUGUCUGGUCCAUGAAGCUCCAAAUCGUGAUCAACGUGGUCGUCAUCCUCCUCGUACAAGGGUGCGCUUCCCCGCCUCCGGAAUCCCACAUGCUACUGAUGUUUGAACGGCGAAUGGCAGAUUAUACGCUUACCGCGUCUGGCUACGCAAGUCCCCUCCCCUCCUCCUUCCCUCACCCUUCCUGGAUCGUCGUAUUCAUAACCGCAGGCGGCUUCGCCGUCGGCAUGGCGCUCGCGCACGCCGUGUAUACCCUCACCUUCGUCUCGGAUCACGUGCGGAUCAGCUGGGCCAUCAUCGCCUCCCUCGCCACCGCGACGUUCGUCGACUUCUUCAUCGCGGGCGCGAUGGUGUACUACCUGCGCCGGAGUCGCGGGCUGCAGCAGCGGUGCCGUGAACUCGAAGAUCUCGACGAUGAUGCAAAUGUCGCUCACCUCGGGCAUACUCACCAGUACGUCGCCCUCCCCAAGACGCUCAUAUUCAUGGGCAUCGAGUCGUUCCUCACCAAACUGUACAUCAACUCGUUCCUCGCGAUGCUCAACGCGCGCGAGCGCCACCACGACCUCGCGCCGCACCACUCCGAGCACCACUCCUCCCACACGCACUCCUCGAGGCUCGGCGUGUCGGUGCACAUCCACAGCCUCAGCAGGCCCGGGGGCAUCAGCACCGCGACGACCGCAUCCAAGUCGGAUAGCUCGAACCCCCGCACGUCCCUCUCGCUGUACAAAUCCUCCCUCGCGCCCGUCUCGCCGCUCGAGUCGCAGAUGGAGCUGACCUCCCUGGCCGACUUCUCCGACGCGCACGAUGUGCACAGGAAGGGCCGGGAUGUCCUGGACAUCAAGCAUAGCGACGAGGACAGGGAUACCGAUGCGGAUGGGGAUGGAGAGGGAGAGGGAGAGGGAGCGCGUAGAGGGAAGGACGGGGACAAAGACAAGGUGUACUCGUGGUGA